UAUCCGUGUGGUCGGGUUGCUUCCUUUCUGCUGUUCUCACUGCUGGCUGGGCUGCAUGUAACUGAGGGCUGUCCUCAUGUCCCAGGCACCUGGCACUGCUUCCUUGCCGUGCCACCCUCCGGAAUGUCUGUGUGUGGAGUCAGGGGAGAGAGUGUCUGAGUCAUUUGCUUUCCAGAGAACAUUUGGUUUUGAGGCAUGUCAUCCGACUGCUAUCCUGUUACCCUCUGCCCAGCAAUGCUGGCCAACACCAUGAUGGAGGUGACGACCCCACUCACACCCUCCAGGAAGGAGAGCUUCACCUGUUUUUGUCAAACCACCUUCCUGUCUCCCUCCUGUUAAGCCUGAAACUUGACCUGGGUACUCAGCCUUUUGCACCUCAGUCUGAGGGGGUUAAUGGAAAUCCACCUACUGAACAUGGAUUCUGUAUUUCUCCUGGCCAGAGAAAUUCUAUGUCCCAUCAAAAACUCCACUCAUUGCAAAGGCGGCAAGCCAAUGAAGCAGUCUCAUAGUCUGUACGUCUCACAUCAAAAUGAAUAGAGAUUACCCAGUGGGCUAUACUCUCACAUCAAAGUAAGCUGUCCCAUGGUCCCCCAGAGGCUAUUUUGAUGUGUCAGACACCAUGUGUUCUGCUUGGUGUGAGAGACCCAUUCGUUGAGUCCAUAGGUGGUAAGGCAAAUGCCCAAUUGCUCCCUGAAGGAAAGUCAUUACAUGGACUUGACAGACCUCCAAUCUUCUGUCCCUCUUAGACUGAAGCACCCACACCUCUAGAUAGCGAGGCAUACACCCAGGCACCACCUAGCAGCUGGCACUCAGAUGGGGGCACACUGAUACUGAACCCAGGGACACAGAUAAAUAGGUGUAUUCCCUGGCUCAUUCCACCACACACAAAAGACAUCCACUUAACUGCAUGUUCUCAGUCUGGGUGGAGCCAACAGCCAAUGCCAUUAGCACACCUUCCCCACAAACGGGAACUUUUGAACUCUUUCCUUGGAUCUGAUUCAAAGGAGUAGAGAACAGAGAGAGUCAUCAGAUGCCUGGUCACUCCAACUUCCCAGCUCCCCUCUCUUAUCUCUGCUUCAUAUGUCACCCCUGGCCCCUCAUCCUUCCUUAUUCCUGAAGGAUCCUCCCUUGCUGGAAAGUUCACAAGGCUUCUUCCUUGCCACCUUUGGGAAAAUUCCCCCUUUGUGGCUCUCACUGUGUUAUUUUCUCGAGGCCAUUCUACCAGUCAAAUCUGACUUCAAAACAGGAAGCCCCCGGACAGCCCCCUGUGUUGGCCUAAAGUUUAAGUAGGCAGUAGGCGUUGGGUAGUUUCCUGAGUGUGACCCACACACACAUCCAGGCUCUGCCCAGAAGCUGAGAGCGUUCAUUAGCCCUGGGCACUUAUCUCGGAGUCACAGCUGCUGACAGAGAGGCCUCCUUGUUCCUUACUCUGCCUGCCCCGAGCCUGCUGUGCCAUGGGGAACUGUCUGCACCCGGUGGAAACCUCCUUUCCAAUAGACAAGACGGGAACUCAGUAUACUUUGGAUUUGUCGAAUUAUGCAUAUGAAGAAAACAACACCUAUGACUCAACUGACAGCUACGAUAACUACAGCAUUGAAGCAGCUGCCCCCUGCCACUCCUGUAAUCUCCUUGAUAAUUCUUCACUGCCCUUCUUCAUCCUCACCAGUUUCCUGGGCUUGCUGGCAAGUGGUGCCGUCCUGUUCGUGAUUCUCAAACCACUCUCCCACUGGCGGAUCUGCCCCAGCUGGCCUAUUCUGGCACAGCUGGCAAUAGGCAGUGCCCUCUUCAGCACUGCGGUGCCUGUCCUGGCACCAGGGUUAAACCAUUCCCAUAGCACAGUCCUGUGUUUUCUGGGCUACUGGGUCUGGUAUACUUCCGCUUUUGCCCAGGCUCUGCUGAUAGGGUGCUAUGCCUGCCUGAACCCCAGACUGAGUAUAGGUCAAAUCCAUGGCCUCACCUUGGGACUCACUGUGGGACUUUGGGGAGCAGCUGCCCUGUUAGGGCUGCCAGUCACCAUGGCCAGUGAUGUCUACAAUGGCGUCUGCACCCUCGCACCCGUCAGGGCCCUGGAAGCCUUGAAGUUCACGCAUUCUGCAAUCUGCUUUACCAUUUUUACUGUGUUACCACUGGCUCUUUUGGCAGCCAAGGGGCUGAAGAAGGCAUUGAGCAAGGAGCCAGGCCCCUGGGUUAGUGUCCUAUGGGUCUGGUUCAUUUUCUGGUGGCCUCAUGGGAUGGUUCUUAUAUUUGAUGCUUUGGUGAGAUCCAAAAUCGUGCUUUUGGAAACCUGUCUCUACCAGAAGAUUCUAGAUGUCAUGCUGAACCUGGCAGAAGCCCUGGCUGUCUUGCACUGUGUGGCUACACCCCUGCUCGUGGCCCUAUUCUGCUACCAGACCACCCGUAGAUCCUUGCCUUCUCUGUCCCUCCCUACAAGACAGUCUUCUCUUGUGGAUGCCCUCUCAGGCAAAUCCUAGUUCUUUCCCCACAUGUCAACCUAAAUUAAAGUCUAUACUGCCUUUA